AUGGACCUGAGAAGAUAUUCUAAAAAUUGUCAAAAAAAAAAAAAAUUGCAAUCCAUAAAACAAAUUUUGGAAACCUUAAUAGAUGAAUUAGCCGGUCCAGUUUAUAAUGCUCCUGAUGCCUGUAUAUUAAACGGAUUAUGUACACCUAUAGAAUAUUUUCAAUCAUCUAAAAAUAAUGAUAUUUAUGAUGUUUUACCAUUUGUAGCACCUGAAGUUUUAAAAGGUCAAUCUUAUACUUUUGCUAGUGAUAUUUAUAGCUUUUCCAUGAUUAUGUGGGAAUAUAUAUCUGAAGUUCCUCCAUUUGAUAAUGAAGCCUAUGAUUUUCAACUUAGCUUAGAUAUUUGCAAAGGUAAACGACCUAAAGAUAUUGAAAAUAUACCAAAAUUUUAUAUAGAUUUAAUGAAAAGAUAUCAUAAUACAAACGAAUAUCUUCUUAACAAUGGCGAUCUUCAAAAUUAUCUUGAAAAGAAUUUCAAAAGUUUAACUUGGAUAAAUAAGAAACAUUUAGCACUUCAAAUCGCCGAAGGAUUAAAUUAUUUACAUAAUGAAAAUAUCCUACAUAGAGAUCUUGGAAAACGUGAAGCUACUAUAAAGAAUACUCCUGAAGAUUAUGAAAAACUUUAUAAACAAUGCUGGGAUUCAGAACCUGAAAAACGACCAACAAUUAAAAUAAUUUUAGUAAAAAUUAAAAAAUUUAUUAUCGAAAAUCUUUAUCAAUCAUGUUUAGAUUCAAAUCCUGAAAAAAAACCGACUAUUAUAGAAAUAUUAGAAGUAUCUAAAACUAUGGGUUUACUGGGCUUACCUUUUGAAGAACUUUUUCAAAAAUAUUUUGCUGAGAUAGAGGAGAUAAGCGUUAAUGAUAAUAAUAUCUCAGCUGAAGUUCCUUAA